AUGAGUGAAGCCCUCUCAGAUUACACGGUCACGUUGCCGAAGGUACCGAUAUAUCUAGACACGAUACAGGAAAUCGACACUGAAAGCUCGACGACAGUGGCGCAGACCUUGAAUCUCGAUGGCUUUGAUGGGACUCGGGAAAGGGACGAUCAAACUUAUGGUUUUGUUCAGCUUUCGAAGUCGGGAAAGAAGAUUUCAUCGAGACAAGUUCCAGCAGGAACUCAUAUGUCUCCGCUCCAUCAAUUUGUAACCUCUCCUUUCAAUUUGAUGCCAUUAUCUCCAACGUUUUCGGAUUCUUCAGGUCAGUCUCUUUUGUACGGCGUAUCGAAAAUAUCAGUGUUGUCGAAUCCUCCACGGGAGGACGAAGAUGACUACCGUCUUGAAAAGUCAGACUUUAUACGCAAGGAAUUGAGGAAGCCGGUAUUUCCAAUCAAUGAGAUACACACGCUGGAAAGUCUGAUCGAUGACCUACUCGAUGAAGGACCAUCUCUCGAAUUCGAAGUUAUCACUUAUGCCCGGCUGGACAAGAUAGUCGAGGAGAUUUUGCAACACGUCCGGAACAAUUUUCUCAGCCAAGGACCUUCAUUCAGACAGAUUAUGAGGAAAGCGCAAAAGCUUCGCGAACAGUGGAUUGAAACUUUCGGAGACAGGUUUCACACUAUGGAUGAUGAGCGAUUGAGGUUCAUGAAGGAAUCUGGCUGUCUUCGGGACAUUGAGCUACAGACCACUUCUGAGAUAUCUGAAUUAGAUGGUCCUACGUGGAAAAUAAGAAGGGCCGCAACAUUUUCGGAGAAGGAGGCCAAUGAGAAUUUCGAGCCAGGAGCUUGGUUUCUUAACACCCAUUGUGCUGUUCGGGAUGGGAUUUUGCCUGAUGCAAAGGAUGGGUUUACUUGGGGAGUGAAUGGUAAACCAAUUGCAUUUUCCAUGCUUUCUGGGUUUGAAGUUAAAGGUUCCGGAAAGAGACAAUGGGUACAUAUCAUCGAAUCGAGAGUCUGCGCAUACCACGCUCGCCGGCUCAUGUGUAUCGGGAAUGUGAUCAGACUUCUGCGGGGCUACAAAUUGAAAAGUGAAAGGGCACCCAGACUCGGUGUUCGAUAUGAUGGCCUCUAUAAGAUCGAAAGUUGGGGCCAAGUUCUCUUGAAGCUUUCGGCGGGACCUGACAUCUAUCGUAACACCAUAACCCUAGUGGAACUCUCAGGACAAAAUACAAUGGAAGACCUGGAUGUGAUUCCAACUCCGUGGCAGAUGGACAACUUCUUGAUUUAUAAGAAGAUGAUUGAGAAUGAUAUCAAGGCACGCGAAGGUGAAGCUGCUUACAAAGAAUACAAGUCCUCGGAAGGUAAAAAAGAAGCGGCUCGAAAGGCUUUUGUAUCGAAAUUGAAGUCCUACGACCAGCCUGCAUACAAAUUGCUACAUUGUACGACUCACAGACUUGAGAAUGCAUUUCCGCUUCCACUAUCAUUCGAAGCAUAA